AUGCCCCAUGUCAACAAACUGGACACACUCUCCCUCAGAUCGAAUAACUUCAGAACUUCAUCCACUUCUACAGCCCGCGCCGACGCUGUACCCCUCCCGCCCCCGCUCCUCGUCAUUCUAGCCCGUUUCCCCCGUCUCCGAUCAGUCAAGAUCAUUUCGCCACCUGGCAUCAAGAUCGUUUCUCCCACCUCCAACGAAGCGGACCUCCCGAUGCUGCACACCAUUCGCCACCUCUCUAUCAUCGAGAGCGAAUUCGGCGUCGCCCUCGCCCUCGUUCCCUUCUGCCCGAACCUUGCCAUGCUCAGCUACGACUGCCUCAUCGGCAUGAAGUCCGUGCCACGUGACGACCCCUGGCCCGCACUCCGCGAGCUCGCGCUCCAACACAUCAACAGCGCGUCGUCGCUCAUCGACCGGCAGCCCCCGCCGCGGUUCGGGCGCGUCGACCGGCUCUCGCUCGGGGCGGAUGUCACGGAUGGCAUCUUCACCCCGUCGCAGGCGCGGCCGGUGCUCGCUCUGCUCAGCGCGACGCAGCCGGGCGCGCUCGUCGUCCGGGGCAGCGUCCGGGGGCGGUCGGUCUUGACCGCGGGGGGGACGACGUGGGGCGAGAUCGCGGGGAUCGUGCCGCGGCUGCGCUCGCUGGAGAUAUGCAUGAAGACGCAGGAUCCCAGAAGGCUGGACGAACUGCAUUCUGUCUUCAGCGAGACCCGCCUCGUGUGGCUCAGGAUCCAGGUCGUCGCGGAUGGUCGCCUCCAGGAGUGGCUGGAACAGGAGCAGGUUGCAGACCGUAUGACGUCUCCGGUGUGCGAGGCGAUUCGUCUGCUAGACCCUCGCAAGUUCUUCUCCGCCGUUCCCUCGCUACGCGUGCUCGGGAUCGGAGAUACGAUGGGCGUGCCGAUGGGGUUUGAAGGCUAUGUGAAACCCGCGAUCAAAUGGCCUUCUCCAGCGGGAGGAGCAUCUGCCAUGGCAUCGUCGAAGCGCUCUACAAGAGGGGAGAAAAAAGUCCGAACGCGGCGUCACCGGUGGUGGUGGUCGGAAGGCACAAGAGAAGGGGGCCCGGAGAUGGUCGAAAUCUGGAGAGAAGACGCGGAAAGCGCACGCGAGAUCAUCGAGAGCCCGGAUUUCGACGCGGAGAAGAGCCUCGACGUUUCCACCAUGCUCUGCAGCAGCAUCGCGUCUCCCGGAAAAUCCCAGCGUUGGGACCACGUCGGAGAAUGGAUGGGCCUCGUGCGCGCGGAUCGCGGGCACGCACACGAGCUCGGUGGUGCAUUAGUUGAGGUUCCUCGUCGAGUGACACCGGGAAUCCAAUCUGGCCAGAAGAAGCUCUUCAGUAUCAGAGCAUGCGAAGCCACGCUCGAUGUCCAUCCGGAGAGGGUAUGGGGCCUUUUCUUCACGAGCAUGAUGGACUCCCCUGCCUGCGCCAAGUGCGGGACGGUGCUCUCCGACGACGCAAAACGCUGUUCAGGCUGUCGCAGUGCGCGGUACUGCAGUGAUAGCUGUCAGAACGAACACUGGGUCCUUCACAUCUUCGACUGCAAGAUCGACAAGCCCAUCGACCCUUCUCAUCACCUCGCUCGCGCAUGCUACCUUCAAACUCCCCCGCUCCACCUCCCGACCAGGAUCGACUAUGGCUUUGAACAGGUCUCGCGUCGCGGCGUACCGUCCGGAGAAGAGGACCUCCUCUCGCUCUAUCGCUUAGUCCUCUCCAAAGCUUCUCUCAAGGACGUGCGCAGAUGGCAGCGAAAGGGACAACUCGUCCACGGUAUCAAGUCGAUCCUCGAAGCCCUCCCCUCCGAGGACCGCGAACCGGCCUACUCCUGGUUUCUCGCCAACCAGUCUUGCCUCGCCAGAUCCGCCGUCCUCGUGUCUGACAUUCCCAGUCCGAACCUCACCCCGAAUAUUGAUGACCUCUUCCGCGUCGGGUCUAUGCGCUUCGACGGAACCACUCCGGAGGACAUCAAAACCAUGCUCUGCAGCUGCCCACUCGACGGCACCAGGCACGUCUGUUUCUUCUUCUACCUCAGCGUGCUCUCCCGCAUCCCUGCCAUCCCCCCGCUUCCAACAUGGGUCCAGUUCGGCUUCGUCGCGGCACUCUCCAAGGCAGCGCAGGACGCGAUGGGCGAGGCAUACACCGAACUCGCGUGGGCGUGUCCCUUCGAAGACUUCUUCGCUGCGUUCGAGGCCGGCACCAUGUUCUCCCUCUUCCAUCGGUACAACAUCGUCGUCUCCGACGCGCGCUUCUUCGCCGACGUCAUGAGCGUCCCAUCGUCCUCUGGUCCGAAGUCGGUGUGGUACCUGAAGCAGCACGUAGAUGUCGUCAAGGAGCGGAAGAUGCCGGUGGGGUGGACCGGCUGCGCGCCGCUCAUGGCGGCGUACCAGAUCGACUACGGGUACCUCAACUGCCACCGCCCGGAGGACGUCGGGCUGCUGGACGACCUGUACAUUCGCCUCUUCUCGAAGGUGGAGGAGGGUAUGGACCCGAUGGAGCUGCACGAGGCGUGCGUCGAGCGACGCCUGUUGGAGUACGUGGGCCGGUUCGUAACGGUCACUCCGCACGCUAUGAGGUACGCAUCUCUGCUGAAGAAUCCGCAGGGGGUUAUGAAAGAGAGCGACAACCUCUACAACGUCCGAAUGGUGUAUGACUUAUGA